AUGAGGUCCCUUUCGCUAUUUGCUGCGCUGCUUCCACUGGUGUCCGCUCUCCGCAUUGAGAAGCGUCUCACCACCCCGGCCAACGACCCGUUUUAUACCCCUCCCGCUGGCUUCGAGUCGUCUGAACCCGGCACUGUGCUGCGUGAGAGGUCUAUUUUGAGUUCUUUCUUCGGCCUGAUCCCCGACCCUGUUGAUGCGCGUCAGCUGCUCUACCGCACUGCCGCUAUUGACGGCUCUCCUAUCGUCACCGUCACUACCAUCUUUAAGCCGCUUUUCGCCAGGACCGACCGCUUCAUCUCCUUCAACACAGCGUACGACUCAUCCGCCUCCAUCUGCAAUCCAAGCUAUAACUACCGAUUAGGCGCCAUUCAGACGGACCUCAUCUCGUCAGCCGAGUUCCUUAUCAUCCAGGCCUAUCUACUCUCUGGCUACACCGUCACCUCGGCCGAUUAUGAGGGCCCCGACGCUGCUUUUUCGGCUGGUCGUCUCUCUGGUAUGGCCGCCCUCGAUAGUAUGCGCGCCGUGGUCAACUAUGGUUCUAGAAUUGGCCUUCAUGAGAACCCCAUGAUUGUUAAUGCUGGCUAUUCGGGUGGCGCUAUCGCCGGCGGUUGGGCGGCCUCUCUUCACUCUACCUACGCCCCUGAGCUCAACAUCAGAGGCUGGGUCCUUGGCGGCACUCCCGCCAACUUGACUGAUGUCCUUCUCUAUGUCGACGGCACCGUUUCUAGUGGUUUACUCCCCGGCGCUAUUGCUGGCCUCAUCAAGCCCUCAGCCUACGGCAAGCAACUCCAGCCGCUCAUAGACGACAUUAUCACCGAGCACGGCAAGGAGAUCCUCGCGUCCGGCAACGACCAGUGCGUCAUCACGAACGUCAUAAACUUCGCGGGUCAGUCUAUUUUCGACACCAAAAUUCAGAGCCUUGGCAAGAGCCUUCUAUAUCAGCCUGAUUUGGCCGCCGUUUUUUCGGACACCACUAUGGGAACCAAGAAAGAGGAGACUCCUACGGCGCCCGUUAUGCUCUACCAUGCGCAGGACGACGAGGUGAUCCCAUACGCCCCCGGUGCGGCCCUGGCUAAGCGCUGGUGCGACUACGGCGGCGAUGUGCGCUUCACUAACUACGCCGCCGGUGGCCACAUUACUACCGAGGUUGUCGCUCUUGUUGACGCGCUCAAGUUUACCAAUGACGCCUUCAACGGUUUGGUACCGGGCGGGUGUACCAGCAAUUCAGUCCUCACGGACAAGCUGAACCCUCUCGCGCUGGGCCUCAGCCUCGAACCAGUUCUCGCCCAGCUAGCGGGAGUUCUUCUGGUCCUCGGCAAGAAGGAUGCCAACUGGAUCGAGAGCAUAUCCAACGGCAAGGCACUAUAA